AUGACACUCACAGCCCUGCCAGAAUCCCCGUCCGAACUCCGCAGCAUGAUGCGCCAAGGCGACCUGGUCCAGACGACCAGCGGCAUGGCACCCGGCCGUGUGCAGGCGAACCUCGCCAUUCUCCCACGCGACCUCGCCUUCGACUUCCUGCUCUUCUGCCAGCGCAACCCAAGGCCCUGCCCCCUACUCGAAGUCGUAGAGUCAGGCGAAGUCGAGCCGCGCGACUUUGCCCCCGGCGCGGACCUCCGAAGCGACGCUCCUCUCUAUCGUGUUUAUGAGCACGGCGAACUCACAGCAGAAGUCACAGACCUCGGCGAGUUCUGGCGAGACGACCUAGUUUCCUUCCUGCUCGGUUGCAGCUUCUCAUUCGAGACAGCGCUCAUAAAGGCGGGCAUGGAAAUGCGCCACAUGACCUGCGAUACGACUGUACCCAUGUUCAUCACCAACAUCCCGACAUCAUCGGCAGGCGUCUUCAGCGGCCCAAUGGUCGUCUCCAUGCGACCUAUCGCACAGGAGCAGAUCGUCCGCGCCGUGCAGGUAACGUCCCGCUUCCCCGCAGUGCAUGGCGCGCCCGUACACAUCGGCGACCCAACUGCCAUCGGCAUCAGCGACAUCUACGCUCCCGACUUCGGCGAACCCGUCGAAUUCAAAGACGGCGAAGUCCCCGUCUUCUGGGCAUGCGGCGUAACCCCACAGGCAGUAGCCAUGAGCGCCAAGCCGCCCCUCAUGAUUACCCACGCCCCCGGCCACAUGUUCAUCACCGACAAAAUGGACGAAGACCUCGCCGUAAUAUAG